AAAUCCGUCGAGAUAGAUAGCACGGAUGCUGAAGGUCGUCUGGUGCUGGCUGACGCGCUCUACUAUGCAACUACUGAACUCAAGCUGCAUAGAGUUACCACUCUUACCGGGGCUAUAGUUACUGCACUGGGUGAGAUACUCAUCGGUGUUUUCAUGGUGCACUGUUGCGUUAGACCCCUGAUAUCGCCUGUAUCUGACCGUGCUGCCGGAAAUGGGGAGUACGAUCGAUUCUGGUGCAUUCCCCUUGACGAAGAUUGUGGCCCACAGACAUACUAUUCUAAGGCCGGCCUGUGCAGUGUCAAUCACCGGUCUUGA